CUCUGUUUUGCAAAUGCUUUAACCCUAGCCGUAAUCUGAAGAAGACGAAGGAAAAUCAUCCUCCAUGGGUCGUGUCAUCAGAGCUCAACGUAAGGGAGCGGGUUCCGUCUUCAAGUCCCACACUCACCACCGUAAAGGUCCGGCCAAAUUCAGGAGCCUCGAUUUCGGUGAGAGAAAUGGAUAUCUCAAGGGAGUCGUGACGGAGAUCAUCCACGAUCCAGGACGUGGAGCUCCGUUGGCUCGCGUCGCCUUCCGUCAUCCUUUCCGAUACAAGAAGCAGAAGGAGCUCUUCGUCGCCGCCGAAGGAAUGUACACCGGUCAGUUCCUUUACUGCGGUAAGAAAGCCACUCUCGUCGUCGGAAAUGUUCUCCCGCUCAGAUCUAUCCCCGAAGGAGCUGUUGUCUGCAAUGUCGAGCAUCAUGUUGGUGAUCGUGGUGUUUUCGCUAGGGCUUCUGGUGAUUACGCCAUUGUUAUCGCUCACAACCCUGAUAACGAUACAAGCAGGAUUAAGUUGCCAUCUGGUUCAAAGAAGAUUGUCCCAAGUGGAUGCAGGGCCAUGAUUGGUCAAGUUGCAGGAGGUGGAAGAACAGAGAAGCCAAUGCUCAAGGCAGGAAACGCAUACCACAAGUACCGUGUGAAGAGAAACUGCUGGCCUAAGGUGCGUGGUGUGGCUAUGAACCCAGUGGAGCAUCCUCACGGAGGAGGUAACCAUCAACAUAUUGGUCACGCCAGUACGGUUCGUCGUGAUGCACCACCUGGACAAAAGGUUGGUCUUAUUGCUGCAAGGAGGACUGGUCGUCUCAGAGGUCAAGCUGCUGCUCUUGCUGCCAAGCAAGACUAAGGAUGAGAAGAAGAGUCUUCAAGAUGAAAUUGUUCACUUUUUUGGGAUUAUUGUUGAGACCUUGUUUUGAAACGUUAAGAUUUAUUAUAAAGUUCUUUGAGACCUCUCUCUAUCAGAUAGAAUCUAUGUCUUCAGUGUUGAACCUCAACAUUAUUAUGCCUUUUAAAUUUCAUAUCUUCGGUUUCGAUGGUCU